CCAACCUGCGGUCACACUUGUCCGGAAUCCGAAAUUAAGAAUUCUUAAUUUUUGCGUAGCGUGAAUAUAUUUCGAAUAAUCCGAUCACAAUGACUGCCUGGAGAGCUGCCGGAAUUACCUACAUCCAAUAUUCCAACAUCGCCGCUCGCAUUUUGCGCGAGUCCUUGAAGGCGCCUCUGCGUACCGAUGCCGCCAAGCGCGACGCGAGUCAUGUGAAAUUCACUCCCUGGGCAAAUGGCAAGCCAGCACAUGAAAGGGCCUAAGUGUUCUGUCGACAAUUAAAUAAGUUAAAAACUGUCAGCGCCAAACCACCCAAUCGGAAUCCUAGACGCUUCGCAGUGGCCCCUUAGAAUGAUUUGCAACAAAUAACAUCUGUAGAAUCAUCGAAGAUGAAAAUAAUUUAAAUAAAUUUGAAUUAUUCAAACAA